GGACAAAAGAAAAACCAACGGUUCGUUCGACCCCAACCUCCGUUCCACAUACGUCGUUCAAAUGCUUUUCUCUGUCUGUAUUGUUCUCGUUUGCCGUUGGUUGAGAGCACAUGUCGCUGCAAACCUUUCCCUGUCACAACUUUCUGUAAAUCCAAUCCCUUUCUCAUCACCAUUGUCGAUCACAUUCAAUAUUCACAUCACUUCACUUUAUAUACAAAACAUAUAACAACGCCCUCUUACCUCCUACUUGAACUUUCUCUACCAUCAACCCGCAACCGCUCUGUUCUCUAUCAUGAAUCACCAACCAAGUUUUUGUUUAUGGGAUCACAAGAAAAGCCAAGCUAAUAAAUCGAAAAAGCAUUCAAAUGCCGAAUCGUUUAAUCUUAAACACAAUAGACGAACGUCUAUAUUUUCUUCCUCACCUUCCGCACAUGACUUGAGGCAUUUGGAAUUGGAGAAAGAAAAAGAAAACGAGGGAUCACCAAGGGGAGUCUUAGAAGCAUGUAUGAAAGAAUAUGAUUCUCAUCCUUCACCUGAUCAUUCCGAAACCACUUGUUCAAGCACCGGGGCACACUCUCACUGGACCAAAUUUUUCAGAACUUUGAAGAAAAAAUCUUUCAAGCGCCUAGGGUCCCUCUCUCCUCUUACUGUGCCAAGGAUACCAAAGUGGAAAAGCAAAAGCAGUAGAGAAAACCAAGUUCUAAGUACGCUCUACGACUUCAAGUCUUCUUUGGUGACUUUCAGCCUCUCUGAACUCACACAUGCAACCAACAAUUUUAGCAGUGAAAAUAUAAUUGGAAGAGGUGGUUUUUCUGAGGUUUACAAGGGGUGUCUCCAAGAUGGGCAUAUAAUAGCUGUGAAGAGAUUGACUAGAGGGACAACAGAUGAAAAAACAGUAGGCUUUCUAUCUGAGCUAGGUGUGAUUGCUCAUGUUGACCAUCCUAAUACUGCCAAGCUAAUUGGAUGUUGUGUAGAAGGAGAAAUGCAGCUUGUCUUUGAACUAUCUCAACUGGGAAGUUUAGGAACUCUUCUUCAUGGUUCAGAUAAACACAAAUUAGAUUGGAGUAAAAGGUAUAAAAUUGCUCUGGGAGUAGCUGAUGGUCUUUUCUAUCUCCAUGAGAAUUGCCACAGGCGAAUCAUUCAUAGAGAUAUUAAGGCAGAGAAUAUUCUGCUAACGGAGAAUUUUGAGCCACAGAUUUGUGAUUUUGGACUUGCUAAAUGGUUACCAGAACAAUGGACUCACCAUAAUGUAUCAAAAUUUGAAGGCACAUUUGGCUAUUUUGCUCCUGAAUAUUUCAUGCAUGGCAUAGUAGAUGAGAAAACUGAUGUAUAUUCAUUUGGGGUCCUACUUUUGGAGAUCUUAACUGGGCGUCCAGCUGUGAAUCAUUUGCAGCAGAGUGUUGUGCUAUGGGCAAAACCUUUGCUUGACACUAACAACAUCAAAGACCUUGUUGAUCCUUCCCUUGGAGAUAAUUAUGACAGAGGACAUUUAGGAUGUGUAGUUGUAACUGCAUCACUGUGUAUUGAGCAGUCUCCUAUACUACGCCCCCGCAUGAGUCAGGUUGUGACACUGCUAAGAGGUGAUGGCCGUGUUCUGGAAUGUACAAGAGCAAACCGAAGACCUCUCCAAAGAACUUACUCAGAAGAGUUACUGGACGCACAAGAAUACAACUCAACAAAGCAUCUAAGAGAACUCAAGCGACAUCAGCAAGUUGCAUUGGCUCUUGAGCCUUAACAACAUCAUUGGCUUUUCUUUAGGACUAAAAACAUGUACAAAAAUGGAGACAAUGUAUGUGUCACCAAAUCCAUGAAAACGAAUCCAUCAGGUUUUAAUUGCAAAGAA